CGUGUGGCUGUCACUGUCACUGUUACUUUUACUGAUACUAUCACUGUCACUGUCGCUAUCACUGUCAGUGUCACUGUCACUGUCUAUGUCACUAUCACUGUCACUGUCACUUUCACUUUCACUGUCACUGCCACUGCCACUGCCACUGUCACGGUAACUGUCACUGUCACUGUCACUGCCACUGCCACUGUCACUGCCACUGUCACCGUCACUGUCACUAUCACUGUCACUGCCACUGUCACUGUCUAUGUCACUGUCUAUGUCACUGUCUAUGUCACUGUCACUGUCACUUUCACUAUCACUGUCACUGCCACGGUCAUUGCCACUGCCACUGCCACUGUCACUGUCUAUGUCACUGCCACUGUCACUGUCACUGUCACUGCCACUGCCACUGUCACUGUCUCUGUCACUGCCACUGUCACUGCCACGGUCACUGCCACUGCCACUGUCACUGUCGCUGUCACUGUCACUGCCUCUUUCGCUGUCACUGUCACUGUCACUUUCACUGUCACUGUCACUUUCGCCAUCAAUAUCACUUUAACAGACUGUCAUUUAACUCUAUCUUUCUAA